AAAUUUAGGUCUUUUAUCCAAGUUGAAGUACCUAAAUCUUCAGGAAAAUCAAAUCAGUGGUUCUAUCCCCUAAGAAAUAGGAAACAUGAAGAGUCUCAUCUACCUAAAUAUGGUGCAAAACCAAAUUCUUGGUCCCCUACCUCCAACUUUGGGUCUUUUACAUAGGUUGAAACACUUAUAUCUUGGGACAAAUCAAAUCAAUGGUUCCAUCCCCUUGGAAAUAGGAAAUUUGAAGAAUCUAGCUUACCUGGAUCUUGGUUCGAAUUAUUUAGAAGGUUCAAUACCAGGAGAAAUUGGGAAUGAAAAAUCCUUGAAAUUCAUGAACCUUGGGCAGAAUAGAUUGAGUGGUCUCAUCCCCUUCCAUAUUGGUCGCCUUUCUAUGCUCUCGGAGUUCCAUGUUGACUGCAACUUCAUCAGUGGAGAGAUACCUUUCCAACUUGGGAAGUUAAAGAAUUUACAUACCUUGAAUCUCAGCCACAAUAGUCUUACAGGUAAUAUCCCAGGAGAUAUUGGGAAAGCAAAAUCCUUGAAAUUCUUGAACCUUGAGCAUAACAGGUUCAGUGGUCCCAUCCCCUUUCAAAUUGGUCGUCUUUCUAUGCUCUCGGAAUUCUCUAUUGACCAAAACUUCAUCAAUGGAGAGAUACCUUCCGAGCUUGGCAACUUAACAAAUCUAUGGACCUUGGAUCUCAGCCACAAUAGUCUUACAGUGGAGUUGUCAUUGAGCAACAACUCCUUAAGUGGGAGCAUCCCCAUUCAAAUGGGCAAUCUCUCUUGGCUCUCACGAAUUGAUAUCAGCCACAAUUCCAUUAGUGGAUCCAUCCCUUUUCAGCUUGGGAAUUGCUUCAGUUUAAGAGAGUUAACGUUGAGCAACAACUACAUCAAUGGAGGCAUCCCCCUUGAGAUUGGCAGUCUUUCUCUUCUCUCACUAAUUGAUAUCAGCCACAAUUCCAUUAGUGGAAAGAUACCUCCGCAACUUGGGAAUUUAUUAUAUUUGGAGGCCUUAGAUCUCAGUUACAAUCACCUCUCAGGCCAAAUCCCAAUUAAAUUGCUUCAUUUUCCUAAAAGGUCUUUCAUAGGAAAUAAGGGAUUAUAUGAUCACCAUCUUAGGAACAAAGUGUUGAGGCAUGUUAAAAUUAUUCUUCCCAUCACCACUUUUGUUGUCUUGGUAUCCUUGGCUUUGUUGUUGCUUUCUAGAAGAAUACAUAGAGCUAAAAGUAAGGAAUCAUAUCCAAGUCCAAUGAAAAAUGGGGAUAUAUUCUCCGUAUGGAACUUUGAUGGAAGGAUUGCAUAUGAAGACAUCAUUAAAGUAACUGAGGAUUUUGACAUCAAAUAUUGUAUUGGCACUGGUGGCUAUGGUAGUGUUUAUAGAGCACAAUUACCAAGUGGCCAAGUAGUUGCUUUGAAGAAACUACAUCGAAUGGAAGCAGAUGAGCCGGCCUUUGAUAAGAGCUUCAAGAAUGAGGUUAAGAUGUUGAUAGAAAUACAACAUAAAAACAUUGUGAAGCUUCAUGGAUUUUGCCUGCAUAAGAGAUGUAUGUUUUUGAUCUAUGAAUACAUGGAAAGAGGAAGCUUGUUUUGUGUGCUUAGAAAUGAUGAUGAAGCUGUGGAGCUGGAUUGGAACAUAAGAGUGAAUGUCAUAAAAAACAUAGCACAUGCUUUGUCUUACCUUCACCAUGAUUGCAACCCACCCAUCAUUCAUCGGGACAAAUCAAGCAACAACAUUCUAUUGAACUCGAAACAGGAGGCUUUUGUUGCUGAUUUUGGAAAUUCUAGAUUUUUGGAUCUUGAUUCAUCCAAUUAUACUGUACUUGCUGGCACCUAUGGUUAUAUUGCCCCAGAGCUUGCCUAUACAAUUGUUGUAACGGAGAAGUGUGAUGUUUAUAGCUUUGGAGUUGUAGCAUUAGAAGAAUUGAUGGGAAGACAUCCUGGGGAACUAUUAACAUCAUUGUCAUCAUCAUCGUCUUCUUUGCAAAAUGUGAUGCUAAGUGACAUAUUAGAUACACGUCUAUCACCUCCAAGAAGCAGAAAUCUUAUGAAGAAUAUUUUGGUUGCUACUACACUUGCAUUGGCUUGCUUGCGCGGAAAACCCAAGUCUAGGCCAACAAUGAAAUUUGUGUCUCAACAGUUUGUUGCUUGCCAAACACCACUCAAGAAGCCUUUUCCAUCUAUUUCUCUAUUGGAACUUGUGAAUAGUGAAUUGAAGAUGGAAAAUGAAAUAGAAUCUCUACCAAAACUUUCAAGUCAUUCGGCCAAAUAUCAUGAUUCGUCCUUAAACGAAAUCCUUGAUGUAUAAUUUUGAGAAUCAAAUGGCUACCUUGUUUUGACAAGAGAUUGUCAAUAAAAACAACUUGUUCCUUAUUUAGUUAAUAAAUGGAGUACCUGCAU